UGCGCAGGCGUAAGGAUCGCAGGCAGGUCCGGAUAUUCGCGCAUGCGCGCAGCGGAAGAGGGCUCUGGAGAAUCGACAGCACGUAGGAGCGAGACGCCGAGUGAGAAUUUCAUCAGCACCGGUGCCCGCCCCUCGGUUCAGCGACAGCCGUAGUGAACUUGGACACACCGUGGCCCCGCACCCCGAGACAGUAGCAGUUCUCUUCCAUCUCUCUGAGACCCACGAUCCGUACCCUGGCCCGGGGGAGUUUUCUGCUGAUUAACGAAGGAGGUGGAGAAACAUCUCCGUACAGUUGGAAACGUGCUUUGUGUCUGAAGUGAAGGUUUAUGUUGAAUCAGAGUGCUGAGAACACAGCAGCAUUUGUUCAGUUCUUCCGCUACGUCGAUUGUGUGAGGGUUUCACUGCGUCUGACGUUUGACCUGCUGGCGUAUCAGUGAGUUCACAGCAUGCAGAGGCCAUUCACCUGCUCUGAGUGACAAUUCACACUGAGAAGAGACAAUUCAGCUGCUCAGAUUGUGAGAAGAGAUUCACUCAGUGAUCUGACCUUUCCACAGCAGUUAAUUCGCACUUGGAAGAUGCUGUUCACCUGCUCAGACUGUGGGAAGGGAUUUACUCAGUCAUCUCAACUGAAGAUACAUCAGCGAGUUCACACUGGUGAGAGACCAUUCAUCUGCUCAGACUGUGGGAAGGGAUUCACUCUGUCAUCUAACCUAUUGGCACACCAGUUAAUUCACACUGGGGAGAGGCCAUUCACCUGCUCAGAUUGUGGGAAGGGAUUCACUCAGUCAUCCCACCUACAGACACACCAGCGAAUUCACACUGGGGAUAGGCCAUUCAUCUGCUCAGAGUGUGGGAAGGGAUUCAGUCGCUCAUCUGACCUAUUGGCACACCAGUUAAUUCACACAGGGGAGAGGCCAUUCACUUGCUCAGACUGUGGGAAGGGAUUCACUCAGUCAUCCCACCUAAAGGCACACCUGCGAGUUCACACUGGAGAGAGACCUUUCACCUGCUCAAACUGUGGGAAGGGCUUCACUCACUCAUCCCACCUACAGACACAUCAGUCAGUUCACACUGGGAAGAAACCGUUCACCUGCUCAGACUGUGGGAAGGGAUUCACUCGAUCUUCUCAACUGAAGAUACAUCAGCGAGUUCACACUGGGGAAAGACCGUUCACCUGCUCAGCAUGUGGAAAGGGAUUUACACAGUCAUCUCAACUGAAGAUUCAUCAGCGAGUUCACACAGGGGAGAGGCCAUUCAUCUGCUCGGACUGUGGGAAGGGAUUCACCCUGUCAUCUCAACUAAAGGUACAUCAGCGAGUUCACACUGGGGAGAGGCCGUUCACCUGCUCAGAAUGUGGGAAGGGAUUUACUCUGUCAUUUCAACUGAAGGUUCAUCAGCGAGUUCACACUGGGGAGAGGCCGUUCACCUGCUCAGACUGUGGGAGGAGUUUCACUCACUCAUCUCAACUGAAGAUACAUCAGCGAGUUCACACUGGCGAGAGGCCGUUCACCUGUUCAGACUGUGGGAAGGGGUUCACUCGGUCAUCUCAACUGAAAGAACAUCAGCGAGUUCACACUGGGGAGAGGCCGUUCACCUGUUCAGACUGUGGGAAGGGAUUCACUCAGUCAUCCCAAUUGAAUGUGCACCAGCGAGUUCACACUGGGGAGAGGCCGUUCACCUGUUCAGACUGUGGGAAGGGAUUCACUCAGUCAUCCCACCUACGGACACACCAAUCACUUCACACUGGGGAGAGGCCAUUCACUUGCUCAGACUGUGAGAAGAGAUUCACUCGGUCCUCUGACCUCCUGGCACACCAGUCAGUUCAUUCUGGGGAGAUGCCAUACACCUGUUCAGACUGUGGAAAGGGUUUCACUCAGUCAUCCAGCCUACAGAGACACCUGUCAUUUCACACUGGGGAAAAUCCAUUCACGUGUUCAGACUGUGGGAAAGGAUUCACUCAGUUCUCUCAGCUAAAGGACCAUCAGCGAAUUCACACCGGGGAAAGGCCGUUCACCUGCUCAGACUGUGGGAAGGGAUUUCCUCGAUCAUCUCAACUGAAGGUACAUCAGCGAAUUCACACUGGGGAGAGGCCAUUCACCUGCUCAGAAUGUGGGAAGGGAUUCACUCAGUCAUCACACCUACAGACACACCAGCGAUUUCACACUGGUUUGAGGCUGUUCAGCUGCUCAGACUGUGGGAAGGAAUUCACUCUCUCAUCUCAACUGAAGGUACAUCAGCGAGUUCACACUGGGGAGAGACCGUUCACCUGCUCAGACUGUGGUAAAGGAUUCACUCACUCAUCCCACUUAAAGACACACCAACGAGUACACACAGGAGAGAGGCCAUUCACCUGUUCCACGUGUGGGAAGGGAUUCACUCAGUCAUCCCACCUAAAGACACACCAGCGAGUUCACACCGGGGAGGGGCCUGUCACCUGUUGAGACUAUGGAAAGGGAUUCACUCAGUCAUCUGAACUGAAGGUGCAUUCACAAUUUCACACUGAGAGGCUGCACCCUUGUCCUAUGUGAGCAAAGAGGCUGACGACGUCAUCCCACCAGCUGGCAUCACCAAGUUCACUGAGGAGGCGGUUUAAAAGAACUCCAUAUUGAAUUUUUAACCAUCGCGUUUGCUGAAUCCACUUACAAUUUUAAGAGUGACUAUUGGUGUCAGAUUCUGUAGUUAUUGCUGCUGUUCAUUACUUCUGGAACUGAACCCUGGUCAUUGGGCAGGGGAGUGACAUGACCUCGGAUCAUUAGUAGAGUAUUCAUAAGGGCCUUGAGCUUCUGCUGCUUGGGGUUCUUUUACUGUAUUCUCUGCGUUAUAUUAAUUAUAAUCGUCCGUGUUGUUGCUGUUCAGCUUUUUAAAGUCUUAUUGUUAGGUCUUCUCUCAGUUUACAUUUAAGUUGCAAUUGUCCUUGAAUACUUCCAAUUAAUUCUCCAAGACUUUGCAGGUGUCCAAUUAAGUAUCUUUUGACUUCUCUGUAGUUAAAAUAUAGUAGCAUGUUAGCUUGUCAUUAGUCUGUAGCUUUAUGAGCUGGGUACAGAUUUUUUUUCUUGCGUGGAGUGUAUGUAAAGGGUUAGUGCUAAUCCCUAGUUGGCUCAGUCAACCUGAUCCUUUCCUAAUGAAGUUCUGGCUGAGUUAUCCAUGAACUUGUAUGUUAAUAAAAUUCUGAGUUUUGCUUAACUUCUCAGAGUCUCUGUAUGAUCUUUAGUUUGGGUCUGAAGUAGCAGCGUCAAGAAAGCUUGUUUUGAUGACAUAGGCCUUUAA